AUGGAGCGGUACAAGGCCUUCCUGAACGAAAUAAAGCGGGAAAAUGAGAAAAUUGGGAAGAAAAUCCGCUUCGUAAACCACAAAACGAAGUUUAAAGAAUUGAAUGGAAAGAAACUUGAGUAUAAUAGAUUUUUUGUGAACAGCUAUGAGGUAGAGAAGAAAAACAACCUGUGUAAGUACUACAAACAUAAAAUAGACAAGAGCAGGAGAAAAAAAAAAGGGAACUUAAGCAACCAUGAUUUUCCUUUUUUUGAGAUUUACAAAAAUACAAACCCCGCGUUUAAAAAUAAUCUGCCACAAUAUGGUCUCCUUCAAAUGGUAAAAAACUACAAUGAGUUGGAGUUGUUUGAGUUCUGUUCCAAGAAUCGUGUGGACAUCCACUUGCUCUCUCCUGUCCUUUCCCACUUCAUCGAAAUUGUCAUAAAAAAAAGAGACCUGUACAACAUAAACGACGUGUUACUACUAACAGAGCAGGUGAAGAAGUUAAAUUAUUACCACCCCUACUUUUGCAAACUAGUAUGUAGAGAGGUAUGUCUUGACAUGCACAAAAUCAGGACUGUCCAUCAGGUGACACGCUUUCUGGACUUCCUCAUGCACUUUAACAUUUUCAACUAUUAUUACGUGAGUAAGUUUUACAAGUAUUUAACUCAUUUGAUCACACACAGUAAUAAAUGGACCCUUCUUGUCACUCGGUCGGACUCUUCUCCUGUAGAAGAACCGGUGGUAGAUGAGUCCCAGUCGAAGGACACACAUGUGAAUUUCAUCCAGAUACACUCAGACGAUAUUACCUCCUUAUCUUUAUCCUUUAGAAAAUAUAAAAUGAUCGACGCAGAGUUGCUGCUCCUUCUGCUUUACGCGUGCGGCCAUCAGGCAUAUGGCCACUUGAGGAAUGCCCAGACGCUGUAUCACCUUACGCAACUCAUCCAUUUUUACACCUUUUUGGAUAGGCCCUAUUCCUCCAAAUUGUUCCACUACAUUUUUGAGCAAGUCCUAAAGGACACACCAAGGGGGGACGCCAACUUCGUCCCUCUGCUAAAAUCGUUUUACGCUAUAAGUAAACAGUUUGGCACAAAAUUCGAUGUGGAUGCACACAAAGCGACGCUGGAAAUUUAUGACCACAAGGGGGAAACGGAGGGAGAACAUUCAGGGGGUGGAAUCUCUCCCCCGAGUUAUGUCCUAUCGGGGUGUAGCGGGAAAAAAUGGAUUAAAAAAAAAAAAAAAAAAAAAGACGAAAAUGGAAAUGCAAGUGGAAACGACAACAACGAAAUGAUCAUAGACACAAGUGCAAAUCUGCACAGGCAGGUCGAACCGGCUGGGGAGAGGAACCAACCCUUGGCCCCCUUCAACUGUGACGCCAACUGGAACCUAAAGAAGCUGAAGCUGGACGAUGAAAUGUUAGUUGUAAGUCACGACUAUGACUUGCACCCAUCCGAGAAGACCUUCAUGGAUCUGGUGGACACCAUCAAGCACAUCGUUCUCCUCAUCGAAUUGAAACUUCUCUCUGUCUUCCCCUUUGCGUGUGAAAAGAGCCCAGCUGAAAUUGAGUUUAUCAAACGGGUGAACUUCCAAGCGGAUCGAGAGAAAAACGUCCACAAGUAUAAUGCGCAGAAUGUGACCCCGGAGCAGCAGGCGCUCGUGGAACGGUUAAUCCGAAGGAAUGGGCAACGGGACAUGCAGGAACAAGAUGUGCACCCGCUACCGCACCAGUGGGAGCGUCACUUCGACGACUCUAACCUGAACUUCCUGUUUUAUCGAAAUUAUGGAGACGAGCCAGGAUCCGUCACGAUGGAUGACAUAAACGAGUUCAUUAAAUCCAAGCCGGACGUGAAGUUCAACCUCACGGAUGGAACCUAUUUCGCCCACAUAUUUUCUCACCUGUGGCAGGUCCAGCUGACUGAAGCGGAAGAGCGCAUACUGAAGGAGAGCCUCCAAGCCCUGCCGCUCUGGGCGAACAGCCUGGUGCGCCUCGACGUGAACAACGUGGCCGACUUGUUCUACGCCCUCACAAUUUUUCAAGUUGUUCAGGGAUGCAAAAACGGAAGGGUCACCAGAAACAAAUACGGGUACUCCAAAGCGGAGAAGCACACAGAAAAUGACGCCCUCUACAAAAUCUUGUCUGAAAUUCUGAUAAAAAAAAUUAUUAACAUCAAAAGCGAACGUCUGUACAAGGUCAUUUUGUCCUGCGCAAACACGGCCUACUCGGACGUUUACUUAAAUCACUUUUUAAAAAAUUUCAACCGGCACGUAAAGUUUGGGAAAAUGCGCAAAUACGUGAACUGCUAA